UCAACCGGCGCAUGCGUACAAGUGGACACUCUGCCGGGGCGGGGAGAUGGGCGCGGCAGUUCGGGCCUCUGUGACUGGCUGACGGCGGCCACGCGUCGGAGCCCGGGGGCAGCUCUCACCCGGUUAACCGCUCCUGUGGCUGUGGCAGGCCCGCACUUGACAGGCAAGCGAGGCAGGGUCCUCCAGAGCCGCAUUCUCCUCCUGCCCAGACCCAUGCCAAAAUGGCCACUGUGCCCCUUGGCUUCAACAUUGACGCCCCGCGCUGGGACCAGAGCACUUUUGUGGGGCGCCUGAAGCAUUUCCUCAACAUCACCGACCCACGGACAGUGCUGGUGCCGGAGGAGGAGCUGGACCGUGCCAAGGCCCUGGUGGAAGGCUGCAGGGCCGGGCUGGUGCCACCGGGAAGCAGCCAGGAGCAGCUGUUCUAUGCCAAGAAGCUGUAUGACUCGGCCUUCCACCCUGACAGCGGUGAAAAGAUGAACCUCAUUGGGAGGAUGUCCUUCCAGGUGCCGGGGGGUAUGGCUAUCACCGGCUGCAUGCUCCAGUUCUACCGGACGGUGCCCGCUGUGGUUUUCUGGCAGUGGGUGAACCAGUCCUUCAAUGCCAUUGUCAACUACACCAACCGCAAUGCCGCCUCCCCCAUCUCACUGAGGCAAAUUGGGGUGGCUUACGUCACGGCCACCGGUACAGCCCUGGCCACCGCGGUGGGACUCAACCUCUACACCAAGCGAGCACCCCCUUUGCUGGCCCGCUGGGUCCCCUUCGCGGCUGUGGCUGCUGCCAACUGUGUCAAUAUCCCCAUGAUGCGGCAACAGGAGAUCAUCAAUGGGGUGACAGUGACGGAUGGGGACAACAACGAGCUUGGCCACUCCAGGUUAUCUUGCCCAUCAUCAUGGAGCGGUUGGAGAAAUUCUCCUUCAUGCAGCGGAUCCGGGUUCUCCACGGGCCUCUGCAGGUGCUGCUAUGUGGGGGCUUCCUCCUGUUCAUGGUGCCGGCAGCCUGCGCCCUGUUCCCACAGAGAUGCUUCCUUGCACUGGCUGACCUCGAGCCGGAGCUGCGUGACAGCAUCGUGGCCAAGCACGGGGACAAAGUACCUUAUGUCUAUUUUAACAAAGGACUGUGAACGGAGACUACCUCAGGAGCCAUUGCAUGCCUCCAGCCCCCUGCGACCACCAGCCCUGCGUCCCCUGAGCAGGGCUCAGAGGCACAGUCCAGCCAGAUCUGCCCCCCAGCCCAACAGCAUCUCUGCCGCCUCCUUCCCCCAGAGAGACAGGAUCUGGCUCUGCAUGCCCGGCUUGCAGCAUUUUGGCUCAUCCUGAGCCUCCCUCCAUCUGCUGCUGGCUGUGUCCCUGCCUCCCUAUGUCCCUCUUGCCCUGGGUGAUGGCUGCACUUCCCAUGCCUUCCUCCUGCCCUGCACAGGAGGAUCUGCCCAGCCUAUCUGAGCCUGGUGUGGUCACUGGGCUCAGCCCUGUGAGGCAUCAGGCUCUCUCCCUCAGGGCUCAGGGCACAGUCCUACCUCCAAAAGCAGGUGCCCUACCAUUGUACCAGGAACUAAACCACAUUGCUGCCUUAAACUGCCACAGUGGCCUCUUACCAAAAGCUGGAUCAUUCCUUGGCAGACAGCAAGGGACCUGUCCCCUCUGCACAAGGAGCAUCCCAAAGUCCAGGGACCAAUGCUUGGACCAUGCCUUCCUUGCUUUCAGGUUCAAGUUUUAUUCACUUUGUGAUUGCCACAAUCCUGGAGAGAAAUAGCUAAUUGUUUUUAAGCUCUAAUUUUUGCAAUCUACCCAUUCCUCUGAGCAUGAGAGCAAGCCAACACCCUUGUCCUGCAUCUCACUGUCCCCAUAGCAGAACCAAGGACCUUGGGGGACAGUCAGCUCUGAGCCCCCUUGGACAGGGGCAAGGAGACACAGGAGUCAAAGCUGUCGGGGUGUUAACUCAGGCUCUGAACAGCAACACUGCAAAUGACAGAGAGGAGGGUUGAAAAAUAAAAUGUGAUUUUUAAAUAACAA